GUCCAACUCACUUCAAACCCCACACUAAUAAAUGGUCUCCCUCCUCUCUCCUCCUUACACCACCACCACCACCAACCACCAUUAUCGCCACCCAAUUGUCCCGGUGAUUCGUCCAUAUGGCAUCGCUUUCUGUGAAAUUUCUGGCACCCUCAUUGCCAAAUUCAGACCGGUAUAAGUCUACGCUCUAUGCCACUCCUCCACAGACGGUGGCACCGACAGCGGCAGAGGCGGCAGAGGUCGACGCCAUGAGGCUGGAGCCGAGAGUGGAGGAGAGAGAAGGGUAUUUCGUAUUGAAAGAGAAGUUUAGGGGAGGUUUAAAUCCUCAGGAGAAGGUGAAGUUGGAGAGAGAACCCAUGAAAUUGUUCAUGGAAAAUGGUAUUGAUGAACUUGCUAAGAUUCCAUUUGAUGAGAUUGAAAAAUCGAAGGUCACUAAGGAUGAUAUUGAUGUGAGGCUCAAGUGGCUUGGUCUCUUUCAUAGGAGGAAGCAUCAGUAUGGUAGAUUCAUGAUGAGGUUGAAACUCCCCAAUGGAGUGACAACAAGUGCUCAAACUCGAUACCUAGCAAGUGUUAUAAGGCAAUAUGGGGAGGAGGGUUGUGCCGAUGUGACUACAAGGCAAAACUGGCAAAUUCGUGGAGUGGUUUUGCCUGAUGUGCCAGAGAUACUAAAAGGACUUGAAGAAGUUGGGUUGACAAGCCUGCAGAGUGGGAUGGAUAAUGUGAGGAACCCAGUUGGGAACCCUCUUGCUGGGAUUGAUCCAUAUGAGAUUGUGGACACAAGGCCUUACACCAACUUGCUCUCGCAGCUUAUUACUGCUAAUUCACUUGGCAAUCCGGCUUUCACCAACUUACCAAGGAAGUGGAAUGUGUGUUUAGUGGGCUCUCAUGAUCUUUUCGAGCACCCCCACAUCAAUGAUCUCGCCUACAUGCCUGCCACGAAGAAUGGACGGUUUGGAUUCAAUCUGCUGGUGGGUGGAUUUUUCAGCCCCAAGAGAUGUGCAGAGGCAAUUCCUCUUGAUGCCUGGGUUCCAGCAGAUGAUAUACUUUCAGUGUGCAAAGCAAUAUUGGAGGCAUACAGAGAUCUUGGUACAAGAGGAAACAGGCAAAAGACCAGAAUGAUGUGGUUGAUUGAUGAGCUUGGCACAGAAGCAUUCAGGCAAGAAGUAGAGAAGAGAAUGCCCCAACAAGAGCUAGAAAGGGCAUCUUCAGAAGACCUAAUUCAGAAACAAUGGGAGAGAAGAGAUUACCUUGGUGUUCAUCCACAGAAACAGGAGAGCUUCAGCUACGUUGGUCUUCACAUUCCAGUUGGUCGUGUCCACGCAGAUGACAUGGAUGAGCUUGCUCGUCUAGCAGACGAAUAUGGCUCAGGUGAACUCCGACUCACUGUGGAACAAAACAUCAUAAUCCCAAACAUUAAGAACUCGAAACUUGAUGCUUUACUUAAAGAGCCUCUUUUGAAGGACAGGUUUUCACCCGAACCGCCUCUUCUCAUGAAAGGUCUAGUAGCUUGCACUGGCAAUCAGUUUUGUGGGCAGGCCAUUAUUGAGACUAAAGCACGGGCAUUGAAGGUUACUGAGGAGUUGCAACUGCGAGUGUCUGUGACUCAACCUGUGAGGAUGCAUUGGACAGGCUGCCCAAAUACUUGUGGGCAGGUUCAAGUGGCAGAUAUUGGAUUCAUGGGGUGCAUGACAAGGAAUAAGAAUGGGAAAGUUGUUGAAGGGGUUGAUGUGUUCUUAGGAGGGAGAAUUGGAAGUGACUCGCAUUUGGGGGAUGUUUAUAAGAAGGGUGUACCUUGUGAGGACUUGGUGCCCUUGGUAGUGGACAUUUUGGUUAAUCACUUUGGUGCUGUCCCAAGAGAGAGAGAGGAAGGGGAAGACUGAUAUCCUACCGAGAGGUUUACUAGAGAUCAGAAAUUAUUGAAGAAACAAUAAAAUAUUUCUUUUGUUCCUUCCAGGCUAUCGAAAAAUAAAGAAAUGAU